CGUGUGGAAUCACAUGUAAAUAUCACAGACUCAGUACUGUUUACUGCAACGUCAAUUUCUGUGUGUUAAAUGAGAUUUAGGUGUUCAUGUGACUUUUUCUAAUGUGACCACAGUGGCUUAUCAAACAGAAUGAAGACUUUCUCGUGUCUUUUCGUGGUCGUUACACAACGUUGCGACUAAAAGUUGAUUUUAUUCUGUUUUCUUCAUUCCCUUCACACUAAAAGUCUCACGGAUCUUUCAAAAGCUAUUUCAGGAUAUAUAGUCGACGUGUGAUUUUUUGCAUCGUGAUGUUUGAAACGCCACCGCACUUGCUGCUGCGCUUCUUGCUCGUGAGGUUACCUAGUGGUGGGCGAUACUGUAAAUAUCGGCGUCGAACUGAUACCAGAGUCGAUACCUAUACCUGUUAUAUUGUUAAGACUGUUGAUUUUAUUGUACCUUUACAAGUGUAACAUUACGAACAGCACAACGAAUACACACAUAUUUGCGAAAAGAAAUAAUGAAAAUACAUUAAAAAGGUAGCGAUCAUGACUUAGCAUCGAUCCGAAAAAUGAUACAACUAUUGGUAUCGAUUGCGUCGAUUAUUUGUAUCGAUAAUUCCAGCCUCCACAGUUUUCGUUGCCUCGUGCAAGUGGGCGGUUACCUCUGAGCGUACACGCUGCAAAUAACAAUACCAUAAUAUUGAUAGUGUACAUAAUACAUAUUUCCACUUUCAACAUAGAAAGACUGUUGGCAGGUUUUGGUGAAUUGUUCGGUAUAUUUAUUUAUUUAUUUUACGGGAUUAGUCAGUUAUGUAAAAACGAUGUAAAAAUUCCGCCACUGGCGCGAUUGUUGCUUGAAAACAAACGUCUAGCUGUGACAAAAAAAGCCUACUGCUACUGCCUCAAUCUGAGGAAAAGAAGCACGCUUUGACAACUUGUAUUGUUAAUAUGUAAAACAUGUAAUGACAAAGAUAUGUUUUAACGGAGGAUGUUAUCUUUGUGGAUUGAUAUCUAAACCAUUUUCGUGUUCUUUAAUGUACGCGCUUUUAACCAUUCGACGUGCUUUUGCCUUCUAAAGGGCUGAAUAAGUGGUAGCUACUAGUCGUGCCUAUCCACGCAACAGCGCAGCAGAGAAAUAGAUGAGGGAUAUAUUUGCUUUUUGCACGAAGCCCGUUUAGCUGCCUUUAUACGAUGGAGCGUCAAGAUGAGCUAAAUGGUGCCAUUGAGAGCUUAAACCAUCAGAACGCAAUGGAGGAGCCUGGCUCUCCCACACUUAGCCCCAAGCUGGAAGAUCUCAGUAUUAUGGAUAGAAGUGACAACUAUUGGCCAGUUCCUAAUGAGGAGAAGAAGUUGGACAUGGACAACACCAAGACCCGGGAUGACAACUCUAUACAAAUGAAAAAUCUUAACGUUGACGACCGAACGCCACUGUGUGUUGGGUUAGGCCCAUAUUUUGCUGAUGGCAAGCGGCGAGUGGACUAUGUACUGGCCUAUAACAUUCAGAAACCCAACAGCGCACGGCGCAAAUCUCCCAAGUUUGCGGACGGCAACUUUGUUCGCCGGCUCCGACGCAGUCUGAGCUUGAGAAACAGCCGUGCGCCUCUUCAGCCCAAAGAGGACCCCGAGAUUGCUGCCCAAGAACAACAGACUGAUUAUCAUGAAGAUGACAAGCGGUUCCGGCGGGAGGAGUUUGAAGAAAACCUCGUACAGACUGGGCUGGAGUUGGAAAAGGAUGAGCAGAGUAAGAUUCCAGGAGUUGUCUUUUUGAAGAUCCAUGCUCCAUGGAAUGUCCUGUGUAGGGAGGCUGAGUUCAUGAAACUUAAGAUGCCAACAACCAAGGUUUUUGAUGUGAAACAAGGGGGUAAUAUUGUUGAAAAGAUUCGACUGUUCAUACACAAAGUCACAGCACCUCUGCACCCAAAAGUGGACAACAUUCAGCCACAAUGUGUGAAAUCCCUCUGUCACCCUUUCUCCAGAGAGAAGGAACACAUGUUUGAUCUGUCAGACAAAGACAAGUUCUUUGACAGCAAGACCAGGAGCGCAAUAGUGUAUGAAGUGCUGAAAAGGACAAGAUGCACCAGGGCUACAUACUCAAUGGGGAUUACCAGUCUGCUAGCCAAUGGUGUGUAUACAUCUGCUUACCCCCCUCAUGAUGGAGACAUUGAAGGACUGAAUGCUGAACCAAAUGACAGAAAGACAUUGUAUGAGGAGUGGGCCAGCUACAGUGUCUUCUACAAGUACCAACCCAUUGGACUAAUUAGGAAGUAUUUUGGGGAAAAGGUUGGAUUGUACUUUGCUUGGCUUGGAGUCUACACUCAGAUGUUGAUCCCUGCAGCCAUCGUUGGAGUCAUUGUCUUCCUUUAUGGCUGUGCCACUGUUGAUGACAACAUACCAAGUAUGGAGAUUUGUGAUCCGAGGAACAACAUCACCAUGUGCCCGCUUUGCGAUAGCGCCUGUAGCUACUGGAAGCUUGUGACAGCGUGUGGUACCGCCCGAGCCAGCCACCUCUUUGACAACCCAGCAACUGUCUUUUUCUCCAUUUUCAUGGCCCUGUGGGCGGUUCUCUUCAUGGAGCACUGGAAGAGACGGCAGAUACGACUGAAUUAUGUUUGGGACCUGACCGGUUUUGGAGAGGAAGAGGAGGAGGAACAUAAGGACCAUAACCGAGCCGAGUAUGAGCUCCGUGUCAUGCAAAAGGCAAUGAGACAAGAAAAUUCAACCUCAAAGGGUGAGAAGGUAAAGCUGACAUGUACAGACAGACUUCCAGCUUACUUGACAAUGGUGGCCAUGAUGGCUUUCAUGAUCUCAGUGACUUUUGUCAUUGUCUUCGGGGUAAUCCUCUACCGGAUUAGCAUUAAGACAGCUUUGCACAUCAGCACCUACCCUGCAGCACGGUACAAUGUCCGGGCCACUGUCAAAACCACAGCUGCCAUCAUCAACCUCAUCGUCAUCAUCAUUUUAGAUGAAAUCUAUGGUGCUGUCGCACGCUGGCUUACUGUACUUGAGGUUCCAAAAACAGACAGAAGCUUUGAAGAGAGGCUUAUCUUCAAGACGUUUAUUUUGAAGUUUGUUAAUGCCUUCACACCAAUUGUUUAUUUGGCUUUUUUUAGAGGACGGCUUGUGGGGCGGCCAGGAAAAUACCUGUAUGUUGUCGGAUCAUACAGAAUGGAAGAGUGUGCGCAUGCAGGAUGCCUUAUGGAGUUAUGCAUCCAGUUAUGUAUCACCAUGCUUGGCAAGCAGCUCAUCCAGAACAACCUGUUUGAGAUUGGCAUACCCAAGCUGAAAAAAAUGCUACGCAAGAAGAAGUCCGACCUAGACACAAAGCGAGAAGAGGAACUGGCCAAAACAUUGCAACGGCAUGAGAAGGAUCACUUCCUGGGCCCCUUUGUUGGCCUUAAUCCAGAGUAUAUGGAAAUGAUCAUCCAGUUUGGGAUGGUGACUCUUUUUGUGGCCUCCUUUCCUCUGGCGCCACUCUUUGCUCUUCUGAAUAACAUCAUUGAGAUACGCCUGGACGCCAAAAAGUUUGUUAUGGAGCUCAGAAGGCCGAUUGCUGUCAAAGCCAAAGAUAUUGGUAUCUGGUACAACCUGUUAAGAGGCCUUAGCAAGGUGGCAGUCAUACUGAAUGCCUUUGUCAUUGCCUUCACAUCUGACUUCAUCCCACGGCUUGUCUACCAGUACAUGUACAGUCCUGAUGGCACCAUGCACGGCUUUGUCAAUCACUCUCUGUCAUACUUCAACGUGAGUGACUUUCAGCCAGGUACAGACCCUAUCCAGCCAAUGAUCCUUGGCCAUAAGGUAAACACAUGCAGGUAUAAAGACUACAGAGAGCCUCCCUGGUCCAACACACCAUAUGAUCUCUCCAAGGAGUUUUGGGCCAUUCUUGCAGUCCGCCUUGCUUUUGUGGUUGUCUUUCAGAACGUCGUGAUGCUCAUGAGUGACUUUGUGGAUUGGUUGAUCCCAGACAUACCAAAGGACAUCAGUCUCCAGAUCCACAAGGAGAAGGUCCUCAUGGUUGAGCUGUUCAUGAAGGAAGAGCAACGAAGGAGGCUUACCCUGCGAGACAGUCACAAGUGGAACAGUAGCACAUCCCCGUCAUCCUCAAACAAGAGCCUACUACAACGCACUCGCAGCAAAACAUAAAUUACUCAAGUACCAGCUGUAUUUUUAUUAGAAAAGAAGCACAAACGAAAACACAAUUAAACUCAUAACUAAGUUUAUAAAUGGAGUACUUUCAACAGUAGCUAGAAAAGGUUAUGCAAUUUCAUAAAAGCAGUGGUUCUCCAUUUUAGCUGUUUGAGAUUAUUUGUAGGAAUGGCUUAAAACCUGAAACUUUCACAUAUUCACCAUUUUAGGGCUUUUUCAACAUGUACUGUACAUACGUUAUCUUUUUAAACCCAUGCCAACCUAGAGGCAUUUCUUCAAGUCGAAUGACGAGAAAUUUCAAACGACAUCACAGACUGCAGGAUAACGCAAACAGGGAUUAAGAAGGACAUUGAAAUUAGGAAACAUCAUGAGGGAUGAAAGAGCAUUUAUGCUCUCUCACACCUGGGACUCUCCUCUCGAGACCAUCGAGCAGUAGGGCUGAUGAGCGGCACGUCACAGUGGUCAGGUGACACUUCUGAGGAAGACUUCAGGUGACAGUUGAAACAUGUCAAGGUAAAACACCAUGUAAUACAGUGAAACCUUGGUUAGCGUCAUGAAUCCUUUCCAGAAGGUCCGACUCUAACCGAAACAUAAACCGAGGUUCCACUGUAUACCUAAAACCUAAACAUAUACCGUUCCAAAAUGUUUGGUGUACAUCACUUCAGGACUGAAGGAGUUCAACUCAAGCACAAAGCUUUAUAGGGCUUAUUUUAGGACAUUUCAAGUCAGAUGUAUACUCAGGUGUUAAUCAUUAUACUUCCUGGAGUUAGUCAUUUUUCAUGAGGAUUGGUAAAGUAAAAGGUAACUGUGUAUUUGAUAAACAAAAAACCCCACUAAGCUCUCUGCUCUGGGUGUUUUCUUAUACGCAAAUAAAACCAUCAGGCAAAACAAUGCCAAACCCCACUUAAUCUAAUCCGAAUGGCAUUCUCAGGGAAGAAGCUUGUCUCGUUCAUCCGUCCACAUGGUCCAUCCAAUGGAUAAAAUUCAACAGUACCUCUGCUGUACGUAUAGAAAUGUUGGUCAUUACUGUUUUGAAGAGGUUUGUGGUAGUUAAUGUAUUUGUAUUGGGAGCUUUUUGUUUUUUUGCUCUUUACAUUUUUUCUGCUUUGGAGAAGUAUGGUACGAUAUGUUUAUUUGUUCUAGACGCGUAACAAGUUACAUGAAGGGACAUCACAUGGUUACAUUUGCACAAUUCAACGUGUCUGACAAGGAGUGGGAUGAAGCAGAGUUUAUGUUUAUCCUAACCCUUCCCAAUAUUUUUUACUGAUAAUUCAUUCACACCAUAACUUUUACUUGUUGAAAAUUAUAUUUCUCUUUCCGACAUUUGUUAUUUACAUUUUUUCCCCUUCCUGAAAGGAUGGUGUUAAAAAAAUGAAGCAAAUCAAGAAGCAAAUAGGAGUUUAAAUAAUGACCCUAUAAAUCUUGUUUGAAGAAUGAUACAUUUUUAAUAAUAAAUACAUUUGGAUUAGUAAAACUCCAAAUCCUGCUCCAAAUCAUCCACUCUGUACGCCAUUUGCAAUAUAACGUGAUCCUUUUCAUAAUUUUUCUUCUUUAAAGCUUCCACCUUUCCUUCCGGCCCAUCCAUUUCUUUACGAAUUUAUCUGUGGGCAGGAAAAUUGCCAAAAUACUUAAAAACUUUGAGAUUGGUGCAGAGCUUCUUUCAGUCCAUCCGCACAGGAAGUGACAUCACAAAAAAAAAGUAUCUCCAAAAUCUCAAAGCUCAUGAAAAGGCGUGUAACGCUACAUAUAUUUUUCAUCAUAAUAAUAAUACAUAAAAUUUAUAAGUGCCUUUCUAAACACUCAAGGACACUGCACAAGACACAGACAAGCUACAAAGGAUAGCAUCAACAUGAACAAGCAACUGAAGGACAGUGCAGAAGCAGUCUUGAACAGUUGAAUUUUGAGUCUGGAUUUGAAGAUGGGGAGUGAGUCUGUAUUUUGGAUCUCAGAUGGUAAUGAGUUCGUGGUGAACCAGGAUUUGAUUUCUGAUAGUAAAUUUUCUGAAUGGCUGCCUGUGGUAACGGCGGAGGUGUUGGACUUGAAGGACUUGAGCUGAAAGAACUGAGAACGACCUGUGAGAUACAGCCAUGGAAAAAAUGAUUAGACCACCCUUGUUUCUUCAGUUUCUUGUUCAUUUUAAUGCCUGAUACAACUAAAGGUACCUUUGUUUGGACAAAUAUAAAAAUGACAACAAAAAUAGCUCAUAAGAGUUACAUUUUUUGGCAGUACAAUGCUAUAGCUAUUCAUGUAAGAACUUCAGUGAUUUAGGUUAUUAUCAAGAAAACCAUGGAAGUUGCCAGAUAUCAUCUCUUAAAUUAAACUCUUCUGAGCUUUAUUUGUUAUCAUCAUUUAUAUUUGUCCACACAAAUGUACCUCUAGUUAUUCCAGCCAUUAAAAUGGAUCAAUAAGCUGAAGAAACAAGGGUGGUCUAAUCAUUUUUUCCAUGACUGUAUGAAUGAAACCAGUUGAGGGGGUGUGGGUGAUACCAAUGGAUGACAGUCUAUUGAAGAGGAUGCGGUGUGAGAUAGUGUCAAAUCUCAGUGAGGAUGAGGAUGGAGAGUACCAGAUUUGGCAGCAAUGACGAGGUCAUUGGUGAUUUUCAGCCACACGUGUUGUAGUUUUUAUGUGUUUAUGCAUACGUUUCAUUUAUAGGUUUGUAUUUACAAUAAACAAAUACAGUGCAGUCCAGCCUUUGGCUAAAGUGAGAGUCAUGGCUAUAGUAAUGUGUGAUACCAAUGAUUUUAUUUCCGAUCCAAUACUGAGUAAACUUCAGGUUGGUAUCGACAAUACUGAUCCGAUACUGAUACUUUGUGCAAAUACAGUCAUCCCUCACUUAUGGCGGUUAAUUGGUUCCAGACCUGACCAUAAGUGAAUUUCUGCGAAGUAAGAUUCCUUAUCUAUAAAUUGAAUAUUUUAAUAGCAUGGACAACCUGUUCACAACCUUCUAAAUUUCAGCCAGAAAUACAUAAAAUUUGCUUAAAUAUGCAUAUUAUUGAAUUAAUAAUAGGCCGUAGUCAACCACGAAACAGUGCUGAUAUAUGAAUGUAUUUAGAAAACUGAUAGGAGCCCAAAGUGACGAGGGGCAACUGAACACCUAAUGUGUCUGGUAAAGUAGUGUGUUUCAAAUGAUUGCAUAACGAAUACAAGACAUCAGAGUAAUUUGCUUACUUAUUUUCCAACUGUACUGUUUUACUAACCAAGCUAAUAUACUGUAUAACAACAGAAAAAACUGGUAAAAAUCAUAUAAAAUAUGUGAAAAUGGUGUUAUAAACAAUAAAAAAUAGAAGAAAUAAGAGAAUAAAGCCGUUAAAGUAAAUGAUUAAUGAUUAUGAACUAGGGGCAGCACGGUGGCCUAGUGGUUAGCAUGUUGGCCACACAAGAUCUGCAAGAUCUGGAUUCGAAUCUCCGUUGGGCAUCUCUGUGUGGAGUUUGCAUGUUCUCCCUGUGAGUACGUGGGUUUUCUCCGGGGGCUCUGGUUUCCUCCCACAUUCCAAAAACAUGCAUGUUAGGUUAAUUGGAGACUCUAAAUUGUCCAUAGGUAUGAAUGUGAGUGUGAAUGGUUGUUUGUCUAUAUGUGCCCUGGCAACCAGUUCAGGGUGUACCCCGUCCGAAGCCAGCUGGGAUAGGCUCCAGCAUAACCGUGAGCAUAAGCGGCAUAGAAGAUGGAUGAAUUAAGAACUACUAUAAGUGAAAAGAGUGAAAACUAAUUCACAAUUCACACAUGGCUCCGUUUACGAUCAGCCAUCGUUUCAACAGACUGAGACUGAGUGAUUGAGCAGUGUGCUGCUGCACUUACACAUUACGCACUGACCCAUACCCCGUAAGAAAAAGCAGUUCCCACCAACCGUGUUUCAUUUAGACAAGAUCUCAAUCAUGCUGACUGAUGUACCGCGUAUCAUUAAGACAAGAUCUCAAUCAUGCUGACUGGUAUCGCUGAUUAGCCAUAUUUUGAUUUGAGAAUCAGUUUUAGAGCAUUCACAUCUGAUAUCAGAGGUGUCGAUAUUUCAGUAUGAGCCACACAUGACUACAAGGCUACAAUAGUGGCAGGGAGAAGUCAGAGUUUGAAAAGCCUCUUGUUUAAAUUGCGAACACGUGGCCUUCUCGGUGAAAUACGUAAAGGGACAAAGACACAUGGAUAAGAUGAAAGUGUGCUGCCGUUGUUCAGUAGAGAUGGGGAAUGGGACUACAAGCUGCAACUAUUAAUAUUACAGCCCUGCACAUGUGUAUAUCUUCUGUUUAUUGCACAUUUCUCUUGCUAUCAAUCUGACCACCCAGGAAACCUAAUAUUAAACCUUUUCCUUUUAAUCAUUUCUGUUUGCUGUCACAAAACAUUACAUUCCACUUUUUGUCUGAAAGAUUUUUGGACUGGUGUGAUGUCAAGUGAGGCAAAUGCAGAGAGCAUUUUACUGAUAUUUGUAUCAGUCUAACCUCGUACAAUAGCUUAGCUCCAUACUGGCCUCAUUUUCAUUCGGCUUUUGACAUUUCUUGACUUUCUACUAAAGUUACCAUUAUAAUAAUAAAUGUAUGCAUUGUUACUGUUAAAGCACAGAGCAUAGUACAGUAGUUCCUUGUGUAUGACAAAGCACAAACUGUGUAGAAGUGAUUGUAUUGAAUGUACUGUAAAUGUGUUGUUGAUUGGCCGUGUGCUCAAAAUGUAUGCUACCCAGGUUUUAAACAUAAAAUCUGGACAAAAAGUCUAA